ACAGAACGGGCAAGAACAGCUAAAUGGCUGAUUCUUAUACUGGCUUUGUCCACCUAACAGAGCAGUCUUUUUAUUCUGAAUAAUUACCUGCUGAUCAUGAAACUGGAGAAGUGUGCCAACUGCCUCAGUAGGGAAUGUGUGAAGCCGGUGAAAGUUGAAAAGAAGCAAGGGAAAUCCUCUGGUAUAAUCCGAAUUGAAAACGAUGGUAGUUAUACUCAGCUGAAUCAGGAUGGAGGUGUCCAAAAGCUUGAAAAAGCAAAAAUAACCCUGAAUGAUUGCCUAGCCUGCAGUGGUUGCAUUACAUCAGCAGAAAGUGUGCUAAUCACUCAACAAAGCCAGGAUGAACUUUAUAAAGUUCUGAAUCAAAACAAAGUAUCCAGUUCCAAGAAUCGAAAAAUGGUGGUAGUUUCAGUUUCACCACAAUCCAGAGCAUCAUUAGCUGCAAGAUUUAAUUUGUCAGUUGCAGACACUGCACAACGGCUGACAGCUUUCCUGAAAAAUUUAGGUGUUGACUAUGUGUUCGACACCACUUUUUCAAGAAAUUUCAGCUUGAUGGAGAGUCAACGUGAGUUUGUGCGACGUUUUCGUAGUCAUAAGGAUGACAGUAAAACCUUGCCAAUGUUGACCUCGGCUUGUCCAGGUUGGAUAUGUUACGCAGAAAAAACCCACGGUAGUUACAUAAUUCCAUAUAUCAGUACAACAAAAUCCCCACAGCAGGUGAUGGGCUCAUUAGUUAAGGACUACUUUGCAAAACAGCAGAACGUGGUACCAGAUCAGAUAUACCAUGUAACAGUAAUGCCAUGUUAUGAUAAAAAAUUAGAGGCUUCAAGGGAAGAUUUCUUCAAUGAGGAGUACCAAACAAGAGAUGUAGACUGUGUAAUUACUUCAGGUGAAGUGUUGAAGAUGUUGGAACAAGAGGGACUCUCUUUGGUCAAUGUGGAUCCUGUAUCAUUGGAUGCAUUAUUCGGUAAUGACGCAGAAGGUGAAAUUAUUGGUCAUUCUGGUGGAGGCUCUGGUGGAUACCUGGAACAUGUUUUCAAAUAUGCUUCCAGGGAAUUGUUUGGAAUUGAAGUGAACGAGAUUAAAUAUAAAACACUCAGGAAUAAAGAUUUCCAGGAGGUUACACUAGAACAAGAUGGGAAUGUGUUGCUUCGCUUUGCAUUAGCCUACGGAUUUAGGAAUAUCCAAAACCUGGUGCAGAAAUUAAAGCGUGGAAAGUUGACAUACCAUUUUGUGGAAGUGAUGGCUUGCCCUUCAGGUUGUCUGAAUGGUGGUGGCCAAAUACGAGCUGAGGAAUCAGGGUCCAGUAAGGAUUUGUUGCAGCAAGUUGAAGAGCUUUAUACAACAGUGAAGGUGCAGACACCAGAAGCAAACCAGUUCAUUGAGCAACUUUAUGAACAGUGGUUGGGGAGCACUGAUUGCACCAAAGCUUUGAAACUGUUGCAUACACAGUACCAUGCUGUGGAGAAAAUGAACACUGCUCUGAACAUUAAAUGGUAGAAGGUUCCAAACCAUCACAGUUGUACAGAAGAAAACCUGAUGGACAUUAACAAAGUCGCUUGUGGUACCUUUCAUUUAAAAAAAAAACACAUUUGGUGAACUGUUAUUAUUUAAAUUGCUGUGUUCGUAAUCCACAGUCUACAAUUUAAAAUAGUUUUUCAACUUGCAGGUGUUUUGCCAGUCUUGAGUGAAAGAAAACUGGGAGUUACACUUCUCAACUGUUUGAGCAAGCAGUAGCAGUUUCAAUAGCAAAAAUAUUAAAUCUAUAAGAAUAAUAGUUGCCCUUUCUGUUUCAACCUGAAGGAAAAUAAAUGUGUUCUAUUGUUGUGGCAAGGUGAGCACAUUCUGUAAAGGCGAACUAGGCUGAUUUCUUUUACUUCUCCAAUAAUAAUAAUAAGAGGAGUAAGGACUCUAGGGGACAUGAAAGUCUGGUCGAAGUGUGCACUAAUAUGUGCAAAAGCCCAAACAGGCAGAUCAGUGGGACCUGGAGUGCAGUUUAAGUUCUGCUACGUAGCACUCAUACGAAAACUUGAGAAAAAAUCUACUGAUGCUGGAAAUCCAAGUAACACACACACAAAAUGCUGGAGGAACUUGGCUAGCCAGGCAGCAUCUAUGGGAUCUUCUUAUAUUUUCCAUAGAUGCUGCCUGGCCUGCUGAGUUCCUCCAGCAUUUUGUGUGUGUUGUUAAAACUUGAGAUAUUGUUUUCACCUUUUAUUGCAUGGGGUAUGGAGUAAAAAAGUAAGAGUGCUUUUUUGUAAAUCUACAAGGAGCUGUAUUAUUGUGCAGUUUUAGUGUCCAUAUUUAGGAAAGAUGUCUGUGCUGCUUCCAAAGUAAUCACAAGGUUGAUUUCUGAGAUGAAAGGCUUUGUGUCUGAGGACAGGUUGAACACGUUGACCUAUGUAGAAGAAUGGGAGGUGAUUUUACUAAAGUUGAUAAAAUUUUGAGGGAUAUUGACAUCAUGGAUAGUGAGAUGAUGAUUUCCCUAGUGGGGCUAUCUAGAACCAGGGCCAUGAAUUCAGAGUAAGGGGCUUCUAUUAGAGGUCAUGAUUCUUCAGAAUUAUAUACUCCAGAGAACUGUGGAGUGGAAUGAAUUGUUACUGGCCAAUUUUCCAGUUAUAUUGGUCAUUAAACUGGGAAGGGUACAGAAGGUUAUUUACAUGGAUGUAUUGGGACGUGGGUUGUAAGGAGAGGUUGGAUAGAUAUUUUCUCUGGAGCUUAGGAGGCUAAGGGGUGACUCUGUAUAGGUUUAUAAAAUUAUGAAGGCCACGAACAAACAGCCAAAUGUCUUUUUCCCCAGGAUAAGGGAAUUCAAAAUUAAAGAGCAUAGACUUAAAGUGUGAGGGAAAAGUUUAAAAGAGACCAACAAGUUGGUGGUGAGUUCUGUCUACGGUGAGGUGCUGCCAGGUGAGGUAGUGCAGGCAGGUAAAAUGACAGCAUUAAACAUCAUUUGCAUUGUUGCAUUGAUAGAGACAUUUUGGAGGGAUCUGGGCCAAACACAAGAAAAUGGCAGUAACUUAGAUGGGCAUUUUGGUUUGCAUGGGUGUAUUGUGCUGAAGGAUGUUUCUGUGCAGAAUAACUCUAUAUGAGUCUUAUUUAACUGCACCACCUGGACUAUACACAAGACUAACUGCUAUUGUGUUCACCAAUGUCUCCUGCUUGAAACUCCAUGGGAAUUUUUACGUUUCUUCCCCAGUGACUACUGCAAGAAGAAUGUGAAUGCAAGGAUAAGAAGUAAAAGAUCUGCAAGCUCUCCUGGAGUUAGAUGUGUCUAAAUCGCUAGGAAUGAGUUUGCAGCUACCUCUACCUGUAAGAUUCUCACCCCCAUUUAUUAAAAACAAUCUAGUGUCAGUUGAUCACACUCAAUAGAGACUGUGUGAAACUCUUUUCAUGAAACAGCAAAAAAGUUGAAAAGAACAUGUUAAUUACUACUGUAUUUGUAUAUGAUCAAGAUUCAAAUAAUGUUUUAAACAAUUCACCUGCUGUAUUAAUAAAUAAAAUUUCUGAUA